GACGUGGUGCUCUUCGACCGGACCUUUGGCUUUGAGAGCGCAGUGGCCAAGGCCUCGGAGGUGAUCCGGAACGCCUGGGUGGAGGCCUCCAGCUGUGAGCGAGGUGUGGGCAUUGUGAAGCUCAUGGGACGAGACUCUGGCUUUGUUGCCAUGCAUGCAGCAACUGCAGCAGAUGUGGUGGACCUGUGCAUGAUUCCGGAGGUCAAGGUAGAGAUGAAGGAUGUCCUGGCACAUGUGGAUCGCACCUUGGCGCAAAAGGGCUACAUGGUCAUUGCCGUGGCCGAGGGAGCUGGCCAGGAGCACGUCUCCACGGGCGAAAAGGACGCCACUGGCCACACUGUUUACGGUGACAUUGGUGUCUUUCUGCGGGACACCUUGAACAAACAUUUGAAACCAUCAGGUGGGCGCACCUUCUACAUCGACCCAUCCUACAUCAUUCGUUCAGUGCCAAUCAACCCCAAUGACCAUAUCUACUGUGUACGCUUGGCCAAUGACGCUGUGCACACGGCGAUGCGGGGCUACACGGGUGUUUGCGUGGGAGCGAUGCACAACGUGAUUAGCAUGUUGCCUUGCAGGAUCCACUUCAGACUGAUGGAUAAUGAUGGACAACAAGCUCUGAAGCCUUUGCACAUCUUUGCACUAUUCUUGCUGAGAAGCCUUCCAACCUCGCUUCGAAGAAGGGUCGUUUUGCCAGGCUGAUUGCCGGUGGGAAGAAAAAGGUCCGUCCUCACAGCAGCUCCUGGCAAGGAUGUGUGCAGAUCUGUGGGAUGCCCAGAAGUUUGUCCGGACUCGAGACUUGCGCUCGCUCAGGGUAUGCCUGAAGCAGAAAUGUUUAAGUGUUAUGAGGUUGGAUGCCUCCAUCCAAAUCCUCAAACAUGCCACUCUUGUGCGAUGUGGACCCUUGCAAAAGAAGGUAACCGGCGCGCAGUUUUUCUUUCAAAGGGUUCUGCUGCGGUGCCUUAAUUGCUUCCUAAGCAAUUAGUUUGAGCAGCGAAGCGCCAUCCAGUACUGACAAGCUUUGAGUUGUCAUAGUUUUAGAGGCCUAACUCCGUCCAUUUCAGGAACCACAACAUCUCACCUCUUUCUCUCAACAC